AUAAAUUGGUUAAACUGCAGUGUCGCGUAUCUUCAAUCUGGCGAUCUGUCAAUUGCUUAUAACGAGGAAACAGCUGAUCCUUAUGAUCGAGAUAUUGACAAAUUUUAUCCUAUCAACAAGGGUUACAUGUGACACUUGCAAACGCCUAUUUUUAUUUAAGUGUGCACCACAUUAAUGCAAUAAUAAUAUGCUAAGGUCAAAAGACUCUGACAACGACGGUGUUACAACUAAUACCGUACGAGUCCAAGAAAGUUGUAGAGGAAAAAAAGGUGAUAAGGGACAUGAAGAAAGUAGUGGAUGCAUUCUAAAAAACGCUUUACUUUCUAUACAAUCUGACGAAGAAGAUUUCUUGGAGAAAGAAGCAUCCAAGGUCUUACUUCUUCAGAAAGGAUCAGAUGUUGACGGUGAGUCUGCAACUAGUUCUUGGAAUAAUGUAAAUACAGACUCGUCGGUAUCAUACGUCACUUCUAUUCCUAAUGGAAAAGAAUUUGUUAUUUUAACUGGUCUUGAGCAAGUUAAUGAUAAAGCUGUGACUACGACCAAAGGGUUGAAACUAUACGACAGUUUGAUCCCUUUUGAAAAAAAUUCUAAAAUUCAACAUAGUUCAAAACAGCACAAUAAGAUAAUAUUGUUGGGUGAAUUUGUGUCCGAACAAGAGGCAAUAAUUGGUAUUAAAAACGGGGAACAAACAGAAACUACGAAAGAAAUAAAAGAAAGCAUGGAACAAAUGAAUUAUAAUAGCAAAACAUUUGAUAAUAGUCAGUUUGAAAAAAAUGAGGCAGAUCUUAAGGAAAGUAACAAUUGGUUGAAAAGUUUCCGACCUCUUCCUCUCUAUUAUACAGAACGUGGUAAGCCUUAUUUGAAGUGUCCAGCCUGUGGUGCUAUGUUUUUCACGUCGACCUCUUUUCAAAAACAUCUUUUUACGCACAUGUAUAAGGAAAGAGAAGCAUAUACUUGCUCAUUUUGCGAAUAUACUAACACAGAACCUGGUAUGCUGUUCGCCCAUUUGUCCAAGCACCAAGAUCAGUGCGAAUAUUGCAAUGAAAAUAUAAUGCGCAAAAGUAAUUUUGAAAAACACUGGGGUAUUUGCUCUCUAAGUUUCAGUAUCAAGAGAGAUCGUAGAGGAAGAUUUGUAUGUACAAUGUGUAAACUAGUGUUUGACUUGUUGCCCCAAUUAGAAAAACAUUGGUUUAAACACGCUUGCAAAAAAAGGCGGACUUACCAGUGCAAAGAAUGCGGAGGAUUGUAUGGAAAUAAAACCAUAUUACAAAAUCACAAGUGUUUAAAGUGUCCAGUCUGUGGUGAAAUUUACGACAGCUUACAUAGAUUAAAGGCACACACAAUGUGGAUGAAACAUCAUUUGAAGUGCCUAAUUUGUUCCUACGAAUUUGUUCUCGCAAUGGAUCAUGAAAAACAUUUAGCUAUGCACAGACAGGCUUAUUUACCUAUGAAAGAGCAUGCUCAUUGUUUGGAAGCAGCCGACGGAAAAUCAUAUCAAUGCGACCUUUGUGACAAAAUAUUUUAUGCUUUAACACGACUGAUAUUACAUGUAAAGGAAGAUCACGGGAUAGAGGAUAUAAAAAGAGAAAUUAUUAAAGAGGAAAAGGAUGAAAAGGAGCAUAACGAGGGUAAUGGAAAUAAAGCUACAUAUCCGAAUCUAUGCGAAGCGCCUAUUUGCUAUACGGGCGGUCAAAAUAUCAGUUUAAUUAAAUAACAAUAAUUACUUUUAAAGCAAGCAGCAGAUUACACGUCGGUACAACCGUGUGGACAAGUACUUUGGCUGUGAAUCGCUACUAAUUGCUCCUGCGAAGUAUGAAAAAUGGGGAUACAAAUGUGUAAUAAUUUUAAACAUACAUUUUAUACUCUUACGAAUAUAUAACACAUAUUACGUUAUAGAAAUUGAAUCGUACUGUUGUUGAAACUCAAUAUAUAAAUGUCUAUAUUAAGAGUUAGUAAGUUCCCGAAUUUAUGAUAGAGGCACACAAAUUAUUAUUAUAAAGCAUAUUAAAAUGAUACGUUAAAUUUAUAAUUAUAUGCUUAUAAGCAAUGUAUUUAUUUUAUAAAAUUUUAUUCGGAAAAAAAUAAUAUUAUAAGAAUUUCAUUUUAUUAAUUGUUCAAACAGGGUAGCUUGCACAGUGUCAAAUGCUUUAAUGAUGCUUCUCUAAUUUGUCUGUACCCUUGCGCAUAAAAAGGAGUGGGCAUCAGAAAUUUUCGAUUAUUAAAUAAUGUACUCUCAAAAUAA